UUUGUUUUUUUGAUUUACGAUGGCCAUGCUUGUUUAUGAGGCUGUAAUAGUUACAGCAGUCCUCUGCAUGCUAUACUUCCUACAUCGGAAACGAUGUUGCAGACACCCUCUCUUCCCUGACUACCCCAUCAUCGGCAUGCUACCACCAGUUCUCUGCAAUUUGUGGCGCGCCCAUGAUUUAAUAUCCGAUGUAUUGAAACAACAUGGGGGCACUGGUGAGUUCACUGGACCUUGGUUCACCAUCAUGAACUGUUUGAUCUCUAGUGACCCCAUCAACGUGCACCACGUCAUGAGCAAGAAUUUCCACAACUACGUCAAGGGACCCGUCUUCCGUGACAUUUUUCAAGCCUUCGGAGACGGGAUUUUCACCGCUGAUUCCGAGGCCUGGAAAUACAACAGGGAUCUCUUCCAUUCUCUCUUUAAAAACAGAAGCUUCGAGUUUUUUCUGGAGAAAACCAUUCAGAAUAAGGUGCAGAAUAGCCUCCUUCCAAUGUUGGAUCAUAUGCACCAACAAAGGAAGGUGGUGGAUCUUCAAGAUGUCUUCGGUCGCUUCACUUUCGAUAACAUAUGUUCUUUAGUUCUUGGAUAUGACCCCAAUUGCCUCUCCGUUGAUAUUCCUGAAGUUGCAAUUGAGAAGGCUUUUAACGAAGCAGAAGAGUCCAUAUUCUACAGACAUACAGUGCCAAAGUGUGUUUGGAAGCUGCAGAAAUGGCUUCAAAUUGGUCAAGAGAAGAAGAUGACAGAAGCAUGUAAAACACUUGAUCAAUUCAUACAUGCAUGCAUAGCUUCCAAGAGGGUAGAGCUAAGCAACGACAAUGAAAUGGGUGAAGCUCAUCAUGUUGACUUGAUAACAGCUUUGAUGAGAGAAAAACAAACACACGACGAUAGAUUUAUACGAGACGCUGUGUUUAAUCUUUUUGUGGCUGGAAGAGAUACCAUAACUUCAGCUCUCACGUGGUUCUUUUGGCUUGUUGCCACAAACCCCUUAGUGGAAGCCAAGAUUCUUGAAGAGAUCAAAGAAAAGUUAGAAACCAAUGAAAAGACGCUUGGGGUUUUAAGUGUAGAGAAGGUUAAAAAGCUAGUUUAUCUGCAUGGUGCUAUAUGCGAAACAUUGAGGCUCUUUCCUCCUAUACCUUUUGAGCGCAAGCUAGCAAUUAAAGCUGACAUGCUUCCUAGUGGUCAUCGUGUUAAUCCAAGAACAAUGAUAUUAAUUUCUUUGUAUGCGAUGGGAAGACUUGAAGAAACAUGGGGAAAAGAUUGUUUGGAGUUCAAACCAGAGAGAUGGAUCUCAGAGAAAGGAGGUAUUGUCUAUGUGCCAUCUUACAAAUUCAUAGCUUUUAAUGCAGGACCUAGGACUUGCUUGGGCAAAGACUUGUCCUUCAUUCAAAUGAAGAUGGUGGCAGCUGCUAUUUUAUACAAGUAUCAUGUCCAAGUGGUGGAAGAUUAUGUUGCUACUCCAAGCCUUUCCAUUGUUCUUCUCAUAAAGGAUGGUUUGAAGGUAAUGAUAACAAAAAGAGAAAUUUAAUAUGGCGUGGGAAUUCCGAUCUCAGAAAUAGUACAAAAACGUGCAAAUAUAAUUUGUCACGUGGCUGCAUACUUUAUGAUGUAUAAU